GACACGCGCCCUCGGUUAAACUCAUCCGGUAAUCAUUUCCGAGGCACGUAAGCGCGUGGAAUUUUGAAUAAAUCGAUAACAUUGUGAUUGUAUGUGCUGGCGAUCGUUAAAUCUUGUUUAUUGCGUGAAAUGUGUUGUAAUAGCAUCGAUAAAAAUUAUUUGUACGGGCUGUAACGUACGUAAUCACUUGAAGAAAGGAGUAAGAAAUAAAAAGUUUGAUACAAGAUUAAAUAUAAUAACAAUGCCUGCUGUGCGCAUUUGUGAUCCUGUUACGGCUACACUCUGCCGUACGUUAGAGAAUAGCCAACCCAAAACAUCGGAUGAUUUAUCAACAAGUUUAGUUAGUAGUGCAUCUAGAAUCCUCCAAUCUGAAAUUCAAUACAAGGAAGUGGAUGAUUAUCAAACAACGAUAUUGGAUCAACUUAAAGCCAAAUAUAUUGUACUAAGCUUACCAAACUCAGAAAAUUCAGAUGAUAAACCAAAAGAUGGUACAACUUAUGUGAAAAGGAAUGAAAGAAUGGUUAAAGGACCUAGUUUACCAGAGCCAACCACUACUUUAUACUCUCCAAAGAAAAUCAGUCUAGGAUGGAAGGGCACGUUUCCAGUUGGAGCUGGCAUGUAUAAUGUUGGGAAUACUUGUUAUUUAAAUAGCACCCUUCAAGCACUGUUUCAUGUACCAGCACUUGUUAACUGGUUAUUGUCUGAUACGCAUCACACAUCAAAGUGCGAACAAAAUGUUUUAGAUGGAGGUGGAGAGUGCCUUACAUGCGCAGUGGCUAAGACUUUGCAAUUUAGUCAUCAGAAAUCAGGUUGCGCCAUUAAGCCAUUCUAUAUAUAUAACAAAUUAAAGCUCAUUUGCCGAACUAUGGUUCCGGGACAGCAAGAAGAUGCUCAUGAAUUUUUACGUUAUUUACUAGAAGGCAUGGAAAAGGCUUAUUUAGCAAGACAUAAGGCUGGCAAAUUAGACAGUUAUUCUAAAGAAACCACUCCUAUUAAUCAAAUUUUUGGUGGUUAUAUUCGUACUGAAGUCAAGUGUUUACAAUGUCGACAUGUUUCUACUACAUUUCAACAUUUUCAGGAUUUACUGGUAGAUAUUCGUAAAGCAAGUACUCUGGAUGAAGCACUGAGUAGUUAUUUUAGUCGUGAACAACUAGAUAACAAUGAUUAUAAAUGCGAAGCAUGUAAAAGAAGAGUUCCUGCCACGAAACAAUUUAGCUUAGAACGACCUCCUAAAGUGCUUUGUGUACAGUUAAAGAGGUUUAGUGUUCUGGGAGGAAAAAUAUCUAAACAUAUAGGUUUUAAACAAACAAUAGACAUGGGUCCCUAUCUCUGGAGAGAACCAGGUGAACCUACACAACCGCUCACAUAUAAACUUAUGUCGAUAGUUACGCAUAUGGGUCCAUCGGUAAAUUGUGGACAUUACACAGCCGUUGCCAAGGUUUCAACAGGCCAAUAUUAUUCCUUUGAUGAUUCUUGUGUUCGUCCAAUUAGCUUGAGUAAUGUAUUGAGUACAAAUGCAUACAUAAUGAUUUUUGAAAUGGAACAACAGACACAAACUCAGGUUCAAAAUCAACAGACUGUUAAAUUAAAUGGUACAUUGACUGUAAACAAUACAUUAUCUUCACCAGGGAGUCCUAUGAAUAAGACUAUUAAUCCUAAACCAUCAACUUCUGGAUUACUCCCUUUAAAUGGAUCAGUUAAUGGCACAUCGAUUACUAAAGACAUUACUGAGAAUUCAGAAAUCAGUUCUCAAACGUCAGCAAGUAAAAGUACAGAACUUCCAUGUACCAUGCAAAAGGGCACAAAUUUUAUUGGGCCACUGUUACCACAAAAAUUACAAGAUAAAACACAACCGAGAUUGAUUAUGCAUAUUAAAAAUGGAAAAAUUUUAAAUGGGAAUAGUUUGGUUCCUUAUGAUGGAUCUAGUGAAGAGGAGGAUAUUAUCUGUAUUGGAGCAUUGAAAAAUAACGCGAAUUCAAAUACUCCGCCAAAAACAAAUGUUUCUUCCAGUGGUACUAAUGGCAUGCAAAAAGGUUCUCCGAUAAAGAAUAAUUCACCUAAAACUGUUAUUAAUUCUAAAGAUAUGCAAAAAUCUGCGUUAAAGACAAAUGGCAGUAGUAUUUCUCAGAAUCAAACUAAUAUAACACAAUGUACGAAGAUACAAAAUGGUUCUAGUUGCAGUACCAUUACGAGUCUAAUAAAAUAUCAAAAUGGUCAAUCAGAAGUAAACAGUAAAACAGAAAGCAGUAGUAAUAAGACUAAGUGGCAUCAGUCUGUAAGAGCAAAAGUAGGACAAGACGAGAAAGUGAUUACAAAAGCUGCAAGCAGCAGUAUGAAAGGUUGGCAAGUUUCGAAAGAUACGUUUUCUCCAACAUCGGCUGCAGUACCUAAUGGGUGGUCAGUUACCGAUAAGGAAGAUAUUAACAAAGGUAGUCAAAAUAAUACGACACCCAGUGCUGCAGCUUUAAGAGAUUUCAAUGGAACGAAUCGUUCCGAAACGGUUUCACAUUUAUUGAAGAUGUCUCAUCGUGGUUACGGCAGUUCUUCGGUUUCAAAUUGGAAUGGCAAUAGAACGCAUUUAGACCGAGAAAUUGACAAUGAUAGGCGGGAGGAACGCAAACGUCACUUUAAUACAGAUGACGAAGAACUAGACCGAGGACGAGUGAAAAAAGUGAAAGAUCAUCGAACAUAUGAAGAAAGAAGUAACACUGGGUAUAAUCCUUUCCAAGAAUAUCAAAAUGGCAAAACGUGGAAUCGAUCUAUUAAUGAUUAUUACCGAAGGCAUUACUACAAUACUUCUAGCUAUACUCGACAACGUCAUGGUAGAAAUUAUAGGCCUUCACAUUACAGAUAUAAUAAUCAUUCUCGAGCACAUUGGCAACGGGGAUAAAAUAAAAGGAGAAAACUCAUUGAAGGAAAAACUUCGAAAGCAAUCCGAUACUGAAAGACUUUGUUAGUUUUCAAUUACUAAAAGAAAUUAUAAUUUUUCAAUACGUUGAAAUUGAACUACAGACGUGACAAUGUUAAUUUAGAUAAUUAAUAUUCAAAGCUACUGUUUACAUUUACUCUUAACGAAUUGCUAAACUGCGUUGUAACAGCCUUGCAUGUUCCUGACAGAGUCUUGUACUCUAUCGUUGUCUUAUGUCUUAUGGACAUUUUACUAAACAGAACGUGGGGGAUGAGUAUCAACAACUCUGUCAAUCUUGUGUUCAUAAUGAACGAAGAAAAGUCUGUUAUAAAAUCGCGUUAAUUUAGUCUUGUACACAUAGUAUUGAAGGAUUGCAUGUGUGGAUGCGAUAUUUAAAAGUUACAUUGAUAACAUUUUAACAGUAUAUAACAAAAGAGUUCGAUAACUUUUUAUGUGAAUUUUGUAUGCUUUUGAAUAACAUCGUGAAAUGAUGUUCUUGUUAUUUAAUUUGAAUUACGCAAUUGAAUAUAUUAUUCAUAAAAUAAUUUAACAUUUAUAUUGUACAAUAAUACGAAAAUUUUUAAGAAUUAUUUUAUACUAAUCUUACGUUAUUUGUGCUGAAUAAGUAUAAAUAUUACUGUUAAAUUAAAAUUGCAAAAGACACUUUACCUUGUAUACCUUUAAUUGUUCAUAAAAGUUCUCAAUAUGGAAUUGUAAUAUUAUAAAUUAUAUAAAUAAUUAAAAAUUUUUUACUUAUGAAACUGAAAUUAAACAAAAGGAUAUUUUCAAAGUUUUAUGUUGGGGAACAUCUUCCGUUCUUCUAAAAAAUCCGUCCUUUGUUUUGAUGAAGAAAGAUACUCCUCCCUCUUCGAAUUAGAGCAAAACGAGUUCAAUUAAACUGCAAAUCUUUAUUAACAAUUAAUAUCAAGAAAGAUGCUUUUCAUCGUAGCUUACCAAAAAGAAACAGGUUCAUAGUAAUUAUAAUAAUUGAACGGUAAGCGAACAAUCUUUCUUCAUACAUGAUGAAUAUGCAUACUUGUGAAUGUAUGCGAAUUUAAUUUUUUUUUUUAUAUAUAUUAUAUAUAUAUAUAUAUAUGUAUGAAAAUUCCAGAGUGAUUGGGUAAUUUGUGCAUAAUCAAACGAAGUGUUUAACAAUAAUGAUGAGUAAUAAUACCGAGUUAUUGAAAUACUAGUUUUAAAAAAAAAUUGUAAAUUGCAUAGAUAAGUGUAGAAUUUUAAUAUUAUGGACUUUUCAUAGAGUAUUAAAAAUUACAAAGCCAUAGAUAAAUUGUUAAGCCAAGUAUAAGGAAGUCGGCUGUUUUGCCUGCACGUUAUAUAUGAUACCUCGUUAUAUCAAUCUACAAAUGAAAUACUAGCCAAAAGAAAACAACAAACAUACGUUAAGAUCUGGCGAUUAUUACGGAUCUAGUUAAUUAUCAGUUUUCUCAUUUCAGAAGGUACAUGAGUUUGAUAUACUCUUGACCUAUAUCUUAAAUAAUAGUCGCAAAUUUAUAAUCAUACAGGCUUGAUAUUGCGGUAAAUAUAAUAUAAUUAUCAUGGUGUAACCUUAUAGUAAGCACGAUGUUACUGCAUCCGCUGAGGUAGGAUAACGGUCUUUGUAUCGUGCAAAUUCAUGUAUCAUUUGAAAGAAUGAGAAUCGGUGUUUUGUAAAUUCACUACGUUUGACAUUGUAGUCGUACGUGAUACCAAUUAUACAGCGAUAAACGCCAGAUUUAAUUUAUGUACUACCUAUCUCAAAUAAAAAGAAAAUGUCGUUUCUACGAUAUUUGAUAUAUCAAUGUCGAAACGCAUUAGAGUACAUGAUGAAUAUAUAGAAACCAAAUUCAUUUACAACAUAAAAGAAAAUAAGACUAUCGCGUUUUCCAGCGGAAGCAAUGUAAAGUUUGUACGCGCAUCUAAUGUAUUUUAGCAUUUGUUUAAUGUUAUAACUCGUUAAUAGCGAUCUUCAUCAUUUUUAACAGUAAUUCUGUACAGUUAAAAAUUUGUCCGUCAUUCACGAUGGAAUUUGUAAUUGGAAAGGAAGAAACUACUCAAAAAGAGUUCAUAAAAACGCUCGAAAGAAAUGUGAGUAUUUAUUACUGUCAUAGUUAGAACGUGUUUAUACGAAUUAAUAAUUCAGUUUUAAUUAGUCAGUUUUAUAACACAAACGAUAUUUCAAUGUUGUCAUAAGAACGUUUAAAAUUAUUGACAUUUAUUAUAUAUUCUUAACUUGGUUAGCAUAAAAGGAAGUUAAAAUGUGUGGUACAAAAAUCAAGCAACCAUGAUUCAUAGAUAUACAGAAAUAAAAAGUGCAUUAACGUUUAUUUAAUAAAAUUGCAAACAAAACUAAAUAAAGAUAAGAAACACAACAAAAACAAUUGUAUUUAUUUAGGUAACGAUCUUAAAAAUAGAAAGUCAUUAUAAUUUAAGAAUAAAUCACGAAUUGGAAACUAAACUCACGUGUUUCGAUAAUAUUUCACGUGGCCUCGCGGAUAAACUUGACUCUCUAUGGAGUUUAGCUGAAGCGCAUCAUCCACAGGGAAAUGAAAUAAAACAGUUUGCUGACCAAAUUUCAAGUUCAUGGACUUCCAUAAAUCGGCAGAUAAAAUUAAGAAGGAAGUCGUUUUAUUAAAGGCAUCACUACAAGUUCGCGAACCUGUUUAUAUAUUAAAGACAUUCAAAUUAAUUACUGAAAUUGAAGAACUUAUAAAUAGCUUAGAAAAGUGUGAUAGUAAGGUAAAACAAUUACUUUUGUACUAAUAU